AUCCAAGACACAUUAGACACGUAAAUAUACCUGUCGGGGCUACCACAACCUUUCCCACCUUCUGAGAGUUCAGACGACCUUGGCAUUCGACGUAUCACUUACACCACACCCACCACCACAUCCAACAUCUCAACCUCGCCAACUCACACUCAAAUCAUCUACACACAGCACCCAGCAACACUACAAAGCCGCAAAGAUGCCUUCGCAGAUCUUCGUCACCGAGCCUCACCCCACCGUGGCACCAAACACCUACAUCUACUCCGGCCGCGGCGGCGCCGGCAACAUCUUCCGCGCCCCCGUCACCACGCCUGCCGCCGGUAUCACCACGCCCCUGAAGCCCGCCGCCGUCAACGGCCCUCGCCGCUUCUACUCGGGCAUUGGCGGCGCUGGUAACCGCCACACUGCCCAGGAGCGGCCCGUCCGCACCUUUGACGAGGACUUCGACCGCCAGGAGAUGCGCGACCGCGCCGCCAUCAGCCAUGUCGGCAUCGGCGGCGCCGGCAACGUCAUGCGCAAGAGUUCCGACGCCUCCUCCGUCCUCAGCGAUGAGUCGUCCGUCUCGGACGCCUCCUCACUCAAGUCCCUCAAGGAGCGCGGCGGCAACCUCUGGCGCCGCGUGACCUUCAAGACCAACUGAGCCUCUGUUGAGAAACAACCAUUACACACACAUACACACACGAGAGCGAUUUUGUACACAUGUCUUUUCACAUCAUUCCCC